CACGGACACGUGUCGAUCACGUGAGCGCUGCCGCUGCCGCUGAAGUUUCUAAGAUGGCGGCCAGUAAUUAUUAUGGAUUCACACAUGCAGCUGCCGCCGCCGGCCCGCAGUACAGUGCCCAGCCGCCUCCUGUCUAUUCCCACCCAACCACGGGCAGCUAUAACAUCCAGGCCGCCCCUGGAGUGGCCCAUGCUGUGACGGCCUCGUACCCCACCGCCCAACCUGCGAGUCCCGCGGUCACCGCCCCCUACCCCACCUACCAGCCCCAUCCUGCCCCCAACUACUGCUACCAGCAGCCCGAAACGUCGCCGCAGCUGACGACCACCCAUCAAACCUACCAGGUGCUGACUGAACCGGAGAAUUAUAGCUACGGUCGACUGCCGUCGGUCAGCAGCUACGAGAACAAGCAGUACUUUCAAACGAGCAUCGCACCUGUGCAGCAAACCGCAACCGAGGCCUACUUCCAGACAGGUGCAUCUGAUUUCUCUUUCAGUCUGACUUGAAUGCUUUCGAGUCUGCCAGGUACAUAAACAGAUUUAUCGAAGAUGAAAUAAUGGGUUUUUAGAGAGGUAGUUCGCCCCAAAUUAAAAAUGGUCAUGAUUUACU